AUGGAGCACACGCACGCCCACCUCGUAGCCAACAGCUCGUUGUCCUGGUCCCCCGGCUCGGUCUGCGGCUUGGGCUUCGUGCCCGUGGUCUACUACAGCCUUCUGCUGUGCCUCGGUUUACCAGCAAAUAUCCUAACAGUGAUCAUCCUCUCUCAGCUGGUAGCUAGAAGGCAGAAGUCCUCCUACAACUAUCUUUUGGCACUUGCUGCUGCUGAUAUCUUGGUCCUCUUUUUCAUUGUGUUUGUGGACUUCUUGUUGGAAGAUUUUGUCUUGAACAUGCAGUUGCCCCAGGUGGCCAAUAAGAUCAUAGAAGUGCUGGAAUUCUCAUCCAUCCACACCUCCAUUUGGAUUACUGUUCCAUUAACCAUUGACCGGUAUAUCGCCGUCUGCCAUCCGCUCAAGUACCACACGGUCUCCUACCCAGCCCGCACCAGGAAAGUCAUUGUAAGUGUUUACAUCACCUGCUUCCUGACCAGCAUCCCCUACUACUGGUGGCCCAACAUCUGGACUGAAGACUACAUCAGCACCUCUGUACAUCAUGUCCUUAUCUGGAUUCACUGCUUCACCGUGUACUUGGUACCUUGCUCUAUCUUCUUCAUCUUAAACUCAAUCAUUGUGUACAAGCUCCGGAGGAAAAGCAAUUUUCGCCUGCGUGGCUACUCCACAGGGAAAACCACUGCCAUCUUGUUCACCAUUACCUCCAUCUUUGCCACACUCUGGGCCCCCCGCAUUGUUAUGAUUCUCUAUCACCUCUAUGGGACACCCAUCCAAAACCGCUGGCUGGUGCACAUCAUGUCCGACAUUGCCAACAUGCUGGCCCUUCUGAACACAGCCAUCAACUUCUUCCUCUACUGCUUCAUCAGCAAGAGGUUCCGCACAAUGGCGGCUGCCACGCUCAAGGCCUUCUUUAAGUGCCAGAAGCAACCUGUACAGUUUUACACCAACCAUAACUUUUCCAUAACAAGUAGCCCCUGGAUCUCGCCGGCCAACUCACACUGUAUCAAGAUGCUGGUAUACCAGUACGACAAAAAUGGAAAACCUAUAAAAGUAUCCCCAUGA